AUGAAUUCAGAACACUCAAUACGAACCAUCAGUGUUAAAUAUACUGUUGUCUUUUGCGUUAUUAUUGGCUUCUUAUUUUUAUUUUCACAAAUACUAGACAACUUAUUCUAUGAUUAUACUGUUAUAGAAACUGAAAUUGUCUUCAUUAAAAGAGUUGGUACUUUUCAUCCCUUAUAUUAGAUUAAACUAAUAAUAAAAUGAUAAUAGAAUUAAAUGAAGUCACUGAAUAGACUAAUUCAUUAGUUCUCACCUUACAAAAUAAUAUGUAAAGUACCAUUGAACAGAUUUAUAAAAAAAUCAACUAUCAAAUUAAUGAGGAAGAAGAUUUCUCUUUGCAAUAAUUAAAUAAUCAAUAUAGACAAUCCUUUAAUCUCAUAUCUUAAUCAAUGUUUUUAAGAUAUAAAAUGAAUAAUUCCAUAGAUUCCAUUUAUCUAUUAAACAUUAAGAAUACUAUAAAUACUGAUAUAGCAUAAGUUGGUAUAGAUCUUCAUUAAUAAUUUUUAGAUAUUACUAUUUACUCUGAUUUUGGAACCAACUUUUUUGAUUUAUCCUAAGCCAUCACAUUAAAUAAUUUUUGGAACGAAGAAUUUUAAUUUAGUUUGAAAAAUAAGAUUGUAACAACCUUUAUAGAAGAACUUAACUAUAUUCUUUUUGUCUUAUAUGACUAUAGCACAAAUGAUUAUUAAAUUGCAAUAUUAAGAGAUAAUGACUUAGAAAUCAUACAUACUUCUAAGCGCUUAAUAUAAAAUAUUGCAACCAAAAAUUACUAAAUCAUAUUUAAUUAUUAACACGAUAUAGAAAUUCAUUUAUAUGAUUGUAAUCAAUUUAUAUUUAUAUAAGUGUAGUCAAUUCAUAAUAAAUUAGCAAAAUACAAUAAUUCCAAGUUAAUAAUGUCUUAUAUUUUCAAGUGAUGAAGUUAUUUUUCCUUAAUGAAAACACAAUCGUUGUAUUUUAUUUAGAGUAUAUCUACUAAUUACCCUUAGAGUUACUAACGAUAAAUAUAAAAUAAUUGGUGUAGCUUUAAAUGAAUUUAAGAAUGUAUUUUUAAAUAUCGAUAUUACCGAAGAAAUGAUAAGGAUUGAGUAAAUCUAAUAGAUUGAAUUACUUCAUGAUUAUCAUGUUGAACAAAAUGUUUUAGUAGUAUCUUUUGGGAAGAAAUAUUUGUACUAUUUAAAAAUAAAACCAUUUAUGUUUGCCAAAUAAUUCGAUUAAUGGAAUCCAAAGAAAAUUAAAUUAAACAUAUUUGAAUAAGAAAGGGAAAUAUUUAAAAAAAUUAUCUAUGAUCAUUCCGAUCAAAUUAUCUACAUAGUAAUAUUUAUUUCAAUUAAAUUUAGUUAUCUGAAAGUGCUUAAUCAAAGUUCAAAAUGCAUUUAGUGGAUCUGAAAAAUCUAGAGAAUAAGUCUAAUAAACUUGAUUUAAUGAAAUUAAGAAUGCCAUAUUUUAAAUAUGGAAUUCAAGCUAUAGAUUUUCUCAUCUAAAAAAAUCAAAUAAAUAAUAAUGUCAUCCUUUUUUUGCUGAGAAAUGGAGAUGUAGCUUGCAUUUAACCAUUGUAGUAUGGUGAAGGAGUUUUAAAGAAAACAUUUAUAAUAGAAUUAUUAGAUAUAGUCUUAACUCUAUCAUUUAUAGGAUUCUUUAGAUAUUUAAAGAGAAUAUUGCAAAAAAUUUAUUAGAAAAUUAUAUCUUGUUGCAGAAGAAUAUGA